UUGCCCUCCUCCCCCCCUCAGGGAAAUGGGCCGUGCCCACGUUCGAUGCGUGCACUCAGUGCACAUCGGAGCAUACAGAGACUUUCUCCCGUCGGGUACCGGAGCGGAGACGACUCUCGUUGGCUGCAUCUGCUGUCCAUCACACCGCCGGGCGUGCGGGGCCGCGCAGCAGCACCCCCCAGCCCAGAGGAGCAGAUGUGCUUGGUGUGGAUGCACGGGCUCUUCUCCAUGGAAAGAAACGCUGCAGUUAGGUUGUUUGUUCUGUUCUCAUGUCUGGGCUUCUCAGCAUCUGCGGAACAAACGCUUGCCACACUGGAUGGCAGUUCACAUGUAGUUUCAGAUCAAGAUUCUCUGCAAAGAACUGGUCGACGCUAUGAUGGUGAUGUGAAGCCAAAAUUCAACGUAAAUCAAGCGGGAAUUGCACAGGUUGUCAGCUACAACUUGAGCAGGAAGGAACAGUUGGAAAGAGCAUCCUGGAGGCCAUUCACCCACAACCACUACAGCCCUCUCAAUGUCACAAUUAACGGCAUCCCUUGCAUUCUCUUCUGGGCCAAGAGGAUCAUGAUUAAGUUUGAAAACCACACGCAGCUGGAUUUGACAGAGAAGACAUUUGGUGUCCAUGCAACAGUGGAUGUUGGAGAUUCAAACUGCAGUGAAGACAAUGCAAUGCUCUCUCUGAAGUUUGGUGAUAUUGGAAAUCUAAAGGGACUUGUUAUUAGAUUGUUACUAACAACCAGCUAUUACCAGCUGUCUGUUCAGAACUGGUUCAGCUUACACAGACUGCAGCUUCUUUACAACCACUCUGUACAAGCAACCUUUAAUGCAACAAGAAUAUAUGCACCAGCAAGUUACUCCUUCCACUGUGAACAUGUGAGCAGCUUGCAGAGAUAUGAUGCACUGCUGAUACCAAGCUCUGCAAACGACGUUUCAAAGCUUUGGGAAGUUACUUUCAUCGAUUUCCAGAUUCAAGGUUUUAACAUUCAAGAAGGACAUUUUGCCUAUGCAAAAGAUUGUGCAUCCUUUUUCUCUCCAGCAAUUCUAAUGGGGUUGGUUAUGUCGCUGAUUCUGCUGCUGGUCCUCGCCUAUGCUCUUCAUAUGUUGAUCCACCUGAAAUCUCUUGACAGGCACUAUGAAUGCAAAGCUUCUCCUGCCUAUUUUGCGCAAAUGAAAGACAAUGACAUGGGGGAUGAGAAAGAGCCACUAAGAAGUAGCGGAAAUGAAUCCUAUGAACUUAGAAGCCAACAGUUUUGUAAGAUCUAUAUUUAGCAGUGUGCAUCUGUCUCAGCGUAACAGUGAAAGUGGUAUUUUUUUUUUCUACUGGCCUUGUUCUAUGUAGUUUGUGCAAAUUUUUCACCAACCACUGAAAGGAAAGUAGGUAAUAGACUGUUUAUCCAAUUUAUCCUGUUAUUUAUUGAUAGCCAUCUCAAAGUUUCCUUUGAAAACAGGACAAGAGAAAAAGAUUCCAGUGUGAGUUACAGAUGUAGUGUGUUAGGAGUUUGUUCCUGUAGUACAAAACCAAAAUGCAUACCUUUGCAGCCAGCUUACCAAGUUCUGAAGAGAAGAAUCACUAAUGGAAUUUUUUUGAAGUUAAAUAAAAAAAGAAAAAAUAAAA